GUGGCCGUCGCCGGAUGUCGCUUUGAUUGAUAGCAGAGAGAACCCAAUGGCUGAGUGUGCCUCCUUCUCCCUUUACCGAUUUCCCAAGACUGACACGGUCCACGGCCCAAUGGGCAUGUAGGCCCGCCCCACGGCAUGGACCCACCAAUAAAGUGUGGCGAAGGCCCUAUCACCCGGCGUUCGGGACCCCUCGGCCGUGCCCCCACCGCUCGCCGGCUGCAGGAGUUGCAGGAACCUUCCCUCUACACCAUCAAGGCUGUCUUCAUCCUAGAUAAUGACGGACACCGCCUGCUGGCCAAGUAUUAUGAUGACACAUUCCCCUCCAUGAAGGAGCAGAUGGCCUUCGAGAAAAAUGUCUUCAACAAGACCAGCCGGACUGACAGUAAGUGUCCGCCUUUUGCUCGUGCAGAACUUUCAGAUGCACACCGUCAUCUUCAUCUGGACACAUCUGUCCCUGUCGGCCUCAUACACCCACAGGCCAUUCCCUUUUCUGCAAAGGUGCUUUUUCCUCUCCUGCCCAGCUGUUCUCUUCUCUCUUCUUCCGGUGAGAUUGCAUUUUUCGGGGGCAUGACCAUCGUCUACAAGAGCAGCAUUGACCUCUUCCUGUAUGUGGUGGGCUCAUCCUACGAGAACGAGCUGAUGCUCAUGUCUGUUCUUACCUGCCUGUUUGAGUCCCUGAACCAUGUGUUAAGGAAGAACGUGGAGAAGCGCUGGUUGCUGGAGAACAUGGACGGAGCCUUUCUGGUGCUGGAUGAGAUUGUGGAUGGCGGCGUGAUUCUGGAGAGUGACCCCCAGCAAGUGAUCCAGAAAGUGAAUUUUAGGGCGGAUGACAGCGGCUUAACUGAGCACAGUGUGGCCCAGGUUCUUCAGUCUGCCAAGGAACAAAUUAAAUGGUCCUUACUGAAAUGAAGGCUGUGCAUUCAAGGCUCCCUGCCCCCAGACCAUUCCCCCAAUCCUGGCAAAAGCACAAAGACCCCAGGGGACACCAGAGACCCCUCUAUAUCCCCAGGCCUUCCCAGAACUGACUCCUGAGGUCUCCGGCCAGGGACUCUGAGAUGCAGAGGUUUGGCUUCAACACUGAGUAACCCCUUCUCACUGUCCUGGCCUGCUCUUUGGGCCUUGAGAACCAGCUGAGCUGCCUUAACUCAGACCUUAGGCAUCCCUGGCCCCAGAGCCCAAAUAAACCUGCUUUUGUCUCCUGCCAA